GUCUAUCGCCUCCCUUUGCGAUGUUCUUGCACAUGCGCAUUGUACCCCGAUCGGAGAGACCGAUAGAUGAGAGUCGAGUGUCGGUAUUGUGUAGCAACCAUAGGGAAGAAAACGGGAAUAAAACACGCAACAUCAACAGGAUCCAGCCACCGGAAAUCCACCGAGUCCCGCUGUACAUUUGCCGGGGAAAGAGCCCGGGAGGAAAGCGCUGGCGAGAGCUGGUCCGUAGACCCGGAGCCUGCCUGUCUGUGCGCCUGCAGACGGAAAGACAAAGCGGGAUGAAGAAUCUGCCAGUGCCGCUUUCAAAAGGCGUUUAAGCACAGAGUCACGGUGCUGGAUUCACCGUUGUGGCUUAAAAUGAGCCUUUAUCACACGGCGUUCUGUGUAGAGAGUGUGUUUAACGAGCAGAGCAUUUCAGGUCUGAAGGCGGUGUAAAGGUCCAGAUGUUGGCCUGGUGGUGAUGUUCCACGUCCUGACAGACAGCCCUGUCCUGAGUUCCCAUCACUGUUUGUCGUAGGUGGACCUGACAGUCUGAACCCAGGGUUCGCUGUUUCUAGGACAACUCAAGGAAACAUGCCGAGACAUAAAUAAAACAGCUGGAAGACAUAAAGAAGACAUUGGGAUUUGAAGUGGGAGACACACUUUGAGGACAAAGACAUGCUUUAAGCACAUAAACUGAUUGUAGAAAUCAAAAUAUUGAGACCUGAGAUUGAAAUAUUGGAGGGCAAAGAAAUGUAAAGACAUUUUAGGACAAAAGGAGAUAUAAAGGAAACAUUUCGGUGACAAAGAUAAAAAGAAGAAUUCAGGGACAAAACGGGACAUUGUAAGUUUGGAUGUAACAAGGACUGAGAGGACGACAUGAUGUCCCCAAGGUGGAAUUGUUUCCGAGGCCCAUCUGUCCUGGUCCUGGUCCUCACUGGCUCUGUGUUGGCAGCCCGCUCUGACAGGAACUCGGUGUCGGAGGAGUAUGUCGGUGCCACAGUGAACGCCACAGUGCUGGAUGGGCGAGGAAACAUUGUCCACAUGAUGAGCAGCAACGACGGGACGUACGGACAGAACUCACCAAAGGUGGACACAAGGGGCGUCGUCAUCGUACCUGCUCCACAUCACGGAGUCGUGGACCGGCAGGGCUGCGACCCCAACACUCGUUUCCUGGUCCCUCCUCGGAGCAUCCACUGGGUGGCACUGUUGCAGAGAGGAAACUGCACCUUUAAGGAGAAGAUCCUGAAGGCGUCUGCCUACAACGCUACGGCUGUCCUGAUCUACAAUAACUCCACCGACAAGACGGUCAAGAUGGGACAUGAAGGUACUGGAGACACGGUGGCAGUGAUGAUCACGGAGGCGUAUGGUAAAGAGAUCCUGUCGCACUUGGAGAGGAACCUGACGGUCCUGGUCUCAGUGGUGGGACAACGUGGUCCCAUUAAGAACAUUAGCCGAGGCUCACUGGUUUUUGUUUCCAUCUCCUUUAUUGUCCUCAUGAUCAUCUUGUCUGCUUGGCUCAUCUUCUACUUCAUCCAGAAGAUCCGGUACAGCAGCACCAGAGACCGUAGCCAGCGUCAUCUUGGGGAUGCAGCAAAGAAAGCCAUUGGGAAGCUGACGACAAGGACGGUGAAGAGAGGAGACAAGGAAACUGAUCCAGACUUUAACCACUGUGCGGUGUGUAUUGAAGCUUACCAGCUGAAUGAUGUGGUUCGAAUUCUCCCCUGCAAACAUGUCUUCCAUAAGGUGUGUGUGGACCCCUGGCUGAACGAGCACUGCACCUGUCCAAUGUGUAAACUCAAUAUCCUCAAAGCUCUUGGCAUCAUGACCAGUCUUCCCUGUGUGGAUAGCGUGGUGCUGGACGUGGAGCGUCUGGGUGUCAGUCAGGCGUCCAGCAGCCAGAGGGCACCGCUGAGUGACAACAACCAUCCGUCCAUCAGCCUGGAGCCACUCAGUCCACCCCACCCUGAGGCCACACCCCAAACACCUGCUGACAUCACCUUCUCCGUGACCAGUGGUGGUCACUUCUUCAACCGGAACUCUAUGCCUCCACGCAGCGUUGUCUGUGAGAUGGAGCUGACGGACAUCCAGGCCUCACUCGACCUCUUUGAUGACAACAAAUCCUGAUGCUUGUCAUCACUGUUAUGACCCCCCACGUUAUGACAGCCUUUUAUGGAUACAGGAAGUCUUCUUAGAGGUUUCCUGUUCAGGAAGGGGUUUGAUAAUGACAGCCUGAGUAGACCUUUAGUCUUUUAUGCCAUCAAGGUUAUUCAGGCUGAAGGUGGACUGGUCUAGCUCCACAUUUGGAUCCUAGUCUCAGUUUAGACUGGUUAUUUUGUCACUCUAAUGUUCCUAUUUUUCCCAAAAUACAAAAAAAAAAAAAACCUGAGGAAGCAGUGUGGAAAUUGUUAAAGUGACAUUUUCAGACAAAACAAACUGGACUCUAGAACCUCCUUUGGCCCAGGAACCAGAACCUGAAUUAGGUUUUAUUGGUAGACCUGGAGAUGAUUUUGUUGAUGGGUUCCUAGAAAACAUUUAAGGGUUCCUGGAAAAGUUCCUUAGUUCCUAAAAAUACUCAUGUGCUCUGGAAUAGUUCCUAAAAAGGUUCCUGUAAGUUUACUAUUGGAAGCUAAAAAGUACUUGAAAACCUCCCCCAAAAAGUAUUUGAAAACCUCAUGAGUUUCUUAAAUGGUUACUGGAGGAGGGGGGGUAUUUUUGAAAAGGCUGUUCAUUAAAAGGUAUCUGUAACAGUUCCUGAGAUUCUAACAAGGUCAUUGGAUGCCUAAAAGGCUCCAAAAAUGUACUGGAUUCCUACAGUAUUU